AUGAAAUCUCAAGAAAUUCUGGCACUGUCAGCGGUGGACACAGGGAAUGAGAAGGGAGAGCUGGGAAACUCACAGAAACCACAGGAGAGCCUCAUAAAAGUUAUUCAAAGGCCGGGCACAGUGGCUCAUGCCCACAGUCCAACUAUCCAGGAAGCAGAAAUCAGAAAGAUUGUGAUUCAGGGCCAACCAGAGCAAAAAGUUAGAACAGUCCCAGCUACUAAGGAGGCUAUAGAGCUAAGCCUGUCUGCUGGGUGCCUGCAGCUGGAACACAAGAGGAGAGAUUUCACCUCUGCUGGGAAUAGGAAGCUCUACUUUGAUACUCAUGCUUUAGUGUGCCUUCUGGAAGAAAAUGGUAAUUCUCUCUCCCCUGGGGGCCCUGGAGAAAUUACUCUUCAGCAAAUAAUGUCCAAGAUUGCCAAUGUGAAAAAGGAUAUGAUUAUUUUGGAAAAGAGUGAGUUUUCAGCCCUCAGAGCAGAAAAUGAGAAAAUAAAACUUGAGCUACAUCAGCUAAAACAACAAGUAAUGGAUGAAGUAAUCAAAGUGCGCACAGAUACCAAGUUAGAUUUCAACCUAGAAAAAAGCAGAGUGAAAGAAUUGCAUGCCCAGCAAGACCGCGCCUUGACCCAGACCGAUAGGAAGAUAGAAACUGAGGUUGCUGGCCUAAAAACCAUGCUUGAGGCGCACAAGCUUGAUACUAUCAAAUAUUUAGCAGGGUCUGUAUUUACAUGCCUAACAGUAGCUCUGGGAUUUUAUCGCCUGUGGAUAUAAUAAAGUGUCUAUUUAAAGA